AUGGUGUUGCACAACCCGAACAACUGGCAUUGGGUCAACAAGGACGCCUCGGAAUGGGCAAAGCAAUGGCUCAGUGAUAACCUGACGAUCAUUGAGGCCAAGGAUGGAGAUGUGACUGCCAAGAUUUCCAAGGUCAUCAGCAUGGACGGGGAUGUCGACGUGGCGCAGAGGAAGGGCAAGGUCAUUACGAUUUUUGAUGUCAAAUUAACUCUGGAGUACACAGGUUCCACUGCCGACGAGUCCGAAGUAUCGGGAACCAUCACCGUGCCCGAGCUCUCGCACGAGCUGAGCGAGGAUGAGUUUGUGUUCGAGAUCGACAUCUACUCGGAUGCCAAGGAGAAACAGCCUGUCAAGGACCUAGUCCGCUCCAAGAUUGUCCCGCAGCUCCGGAGCCAGUUCCUUAAGCUCAUGCCAGCCCUCGUCGCCGAGCACGGCAAGGACAUUCAGCACGCGCCGGGGUCCAACCCAUCGAGCGGCUUCUCGACUCCCAAACUCCACGUCCCGACGUCGUCGGCGAAGGCGCCGACGCCCGCCACGCAAACCAACAGCGGCAGCAUUGUCAACACCACGACGGUGACAGACAAUGAGGAGUUCCGCACGACGGCAGCCGAGCUGUACCAGACAUUUACGGACCCGCAGCGCAUUGCAGCCUUCACCCGCGCGCCGCCAAAGGUGUUUGAGGGGGCAAAGCAGGGCGGCAAGUUCGAGCUGUUUGGGGGCAACGUCUCGGGAGAAUACCUGGAGCUGGGGGAGCCGACCAAGAUUGUGCAGAGUUGGCGCCUAAACCAGUGGCCGCAGGGCCACUACUCGAAGCUGAAGAUCGAGUUUGACCAGAACGACGUGGACAGCGUCACCAUCAUGCGCGUCGAGUGGACCGGCGUUCCCGUAGGCCAAGAGGACGUCACCAAGAGGAACUGGCUGGAGUACUAUGUCCGGAGCAUCAAGCAGACAUUCGGAACGGUGUUUGUGCAAUACAUCAUGGCUCCAAAAUACAAGAUCGCUCUCAUACAGCUCCAGCCAAAGGAUAUCGACGUCAAAGGCAACUUUAUCAAGGCCGAGUCGUACAUCCGCAAGGCAGCCGCGCAGGGUGCCGACCUCGCGCUGCUGCCGGAAUACCACCUGACGUCGUGGUGCCCCGAGCACCCAGACUUUGUCUCGGCGUCGGCCGAGUCGGCUGCCUAUCUCGCGCGGUACCAGGCGCUGGCCACAGAGCUCAACAUCAACAUCGUGCCCGGCACCAUCUGCAUGCCGAACCCGCCCAGAGGAGACGGCUCGGCCGCCGGCGAGGAGGGCCGGGGCGGCGGCGGCGGCGGCGGCGGCAGCAGCGUCGUCGUCAAGCUGCCCGACGGCACGCCCACCGAGCUGUGGAACAUGGCGUACUGGAUCAGCGCGGGCACGGGCGCCAUCGCCGGGUCCUACCAGAAGAAGAACCUGUGGCACGCCGAGCGCCCGCACCUGACGGCCGGCUACGCCGCGCCGCACCGCGCCUUCGACACGCCGCUGCGCCGCGCCGACGGCACUUCUGUGCGGGCCGGCCUGCUCGUGUGCUGGGACCUGAGCUUCCCCGAGGCGUUCCGCGCGCUCGUGGCCGACGGCGCCGACUUGGUGGUCGUCGUCUCGUGGUGGACCAUGGACGAAACCAGCGGCCCCAUGCUCGCGCUCAACCCAGCCAGCGAGCGCGUCUUCCUCGAGGCCGCCGUCGUCGCCCGCGCGUGUGAGAACACGUGCGCCGUGGCGUUUUGUAAUUCGGGCGGACUGAGCCAAGUCGCUAUGCCUAUUGUGGGACCCGGGGGCGGUGCGGUGGCCGGGGUUGAUACGGAGGAGAUGCGUGUUGUGGAGGUCGACUUGGAUGUUCUUCGUGUCGCAGAGGACUGGUAUAAGAUCCGGAGUGACCUGCACAGCCCCGGCUGGCACUACGGGUAUACCCUGUACAAGGACAAGGAUGGGGUAGAGGGGGAUGGGAAGGGUGAUGCUGUGGCGUGA